CCUUUCCAUUUCUCCACAUUUUUUUUUUCAUUUCAGUUUCUUUUCUUCCCCAUCUUUCCUUGUCUUUCUUCUCUAUUCUGUUUCUUUUUCUCUGUUUCUGUGACUGUGUUCAAUUUGAUUUUUUUUUUCUGAUCCGAUACGUAUCCAGCCGUGUCGGUGGUGUGUCCGUGUCGGGCACCUUUAUGACACUGGAAAGAGGAGGUUUCCCGGUGCUUUAUAGACCCUUACUUUAAUUGAACUUUCUUCAUUGGACAAAUCCAGUAUCACGGAAUGUUCCAGAUUGUUCAUCAUUAUUGAUGACUUGUUUGUAUUUGGUUCUCUUCACUUUUCAUAACUACAAGUCCAACCCUCUUUCCUUGACCACCUACCAGUGAAAACCUUAACCUCUAAGUCUUCAUCUCAUCCUAUUCCUACCUUUUCCCGCUCUAUAAAUUGGGUGAAUCAAUCGUGUUUGGAUAUUGAGAAAUCACCAAGCCAAAGCUGUUUCAUUUCAACAAGAAUGUCGAGCGAAAGCCAGAUAUGGGUGAUUCCGUUCUUUGGGCAAGGCCAUCUCCUCCCAUCCAUGGAACUGUGCAAGCACAUAGCCUCUCGCAAUUUCAAAGCUACUCUCAUCAUUUCCUCCAAUCUCUCUUCUUCUAUACCCUCUUCCUUCCAUGAUCAUCCUCUCAUUCAGGUUGCCCAAAUACCCUCUUCACCGCCUACUCCACCAGAGCUCAGUUCCGGCCCCCAUCAUCAUCACUCAGAUUUAGCUCAGGGCAUUGCCAGUCUGCUGGAGAAUACCUCCCAACCUGCCUGUGCCGUAAUAGAUAAUAUGAUGGAUUGGACAGCAGACAUUUUCAAGAAACUUAAGAUUCCAACAAUUGCGUUUUUCACCUCGGGUGCGUGUUCAGCAGCUCUGGAGUUCGCCAUGUGGAAGGCUCGCGUAGUAGAUAUCAAGCCUGGAGAGACAAUUUUGCUUCCUGGGUUACCUGAAGAAAUGGCUUUGACAGAUUCCGAUCUUAAACAAGGCCCACCACCUGGACCACCUCCUCCCCAGCUUGGGGGCUUCGGGUUUCCACGUGGGCCUCCAGGAUCACCACCACCGCCGGCAGCGCACGGCUUUCCUCUUGGACAUCCACCACCGAAAAUGGGACCACCCCAACCAGGUGGACAACCACAAUGGAUGGAAACUGCCAAGGACUCAGUCGCAUUAAUGCUGAAUAGUUGCCAUGAGCUUGAAGGCCCAUUUCUUGACUAUUUAAGGCUCCAAAUUGGUAAACCAGUUUGGGGUGUUGGGCCCCUAUUGCCCCAACAGUUUUGGAAAUCAUCCGAUUCCUUACUCCACGAUCGUGAAAUCCGAGCCAACAAACAAUCGAACGUUACGGAAGAUGAAGUGAUGGGAUGGUUAGAUUCAAAGCCACAUGGUUCAGUGCUAUACGUGUCUUUCGGUACUGAAGUUGCUCCCACCAAACAACAGUUCCAGCAAUUGGCUGAUGCAUUAGAAGCCUCGAACAGGCCAUUUAUAUGGGUGAUCCAACAUGGGUCGGGCCGACCAGGUCCACCACCUGGCCCACCUCAGUUCUUAGGGAACCAACCUGAUUCCAAUGAUGUAGUCUUUGAAGAAGAGGGUUACUUCCCACAUGGUUUGGACCAAAAGGUCGGUCAAAGAGGAUUGAUCAUACACGGAUGGGCACCUCAGUUGUUAAUAUUAAGCCAUGCAUCGACGGGUGGGUUUCUAUCACAUUGUGGAUGGAAUUCUACCGUGGAAGCAAUCGGACGUGGGGUGCCAUUAUUGGCAUGGCCUAUUAGGGGCGACCAGCACUCCAAUGCCAAAUUGGUAGUGAAUCAUCUCAAAGUGGGGUGCAUGAUUUCCGAUAAUCUGGCACAACAGAAUAUCAAGAAGGAUGAUAUUGCUGAAGGGAUUGAGAAGCUCAUGGGAAACGAAGAGAUUAAAACGCAAGCUGUGAUGCUUAGCACUAAAUUUCAGCAGGGUUUCCCAGCGAGUUCAACUGUUACUUUGGAUGCUUUCAAGGAUUUUAUUGUUAACCUGAAUGCACAUUAAGCACAAAGGUUUCUGUCACGGAGGAAUCUAUUUAUAUAAUUCCUUUGUAUUUCAUUGACAUAUUCUGAGGAUUAUUAUUUACCUUAUUAAUUUCUUUUGCUUGGGCAUCCUGAUCUUAGAGAUCCAUGUACUUUUUUUGUUCUAUAUAUAGAAGUUAAAAUUUUCAUUACAUUUCCUGAAAA